UCCAGUUUCGGCUUGCGGUCGCCGUAUCAACAAGAGAAAACAGAACAAACGAUUCCGUCGAGUCGAGAGUAAGUAAUCUGUAUUCUUUGUGGUUAGACUUUUUUCUUUUGUGCCAAAAUGGGUGAGUCUGAUACCCGAAACCUUCGAAACAUAUGCAUAUUAGCACAUGUAGAUCAUGGUAAAACAACACUUGCUGACCAUCUAAUUGCCGCCACUGGUGGUGGUUUACUCCACCCAAAACUAGCGGGUAAGCUUAGGUUUAUGGAUUAUCUUGAUGAGGAACAAAGGCGUGCCAUUACAAUGAAGAGCUCUUCAAUUGCUCUUCAUUAUAAACACUAUUCAAUUAACUUGAUUGACUCCCCUGGUCAUAUGGACUUCUGUAGUGAAGUCUCGACCGCUGCCCGUUUGAGUGACGGUGCCUUGGUUUUGGUUGAUGCUGUUGAGGGUGUUCACAUUCAGACUCAUGCUGUCUUGCGUCAGUCUUGGAUUGAGAAGUUGACGCCAUGUUUAGUGCUUAAUAAGAUUGAUAGGUUGAUUUGUGAGUUGAGGUUAAGUCCAAUGGAAGCUUAUAAUAGGUUAUUGAGAAUUGUUCAUGAGGUUAAUGGGAUUAUGAGUGCGUAUAAGUCAGAAAAAUAUUUGUCUGAUGUGGAUUCUAUACUCGCGGGGCCUUCCGAGAAGCUGGGUGAUGAGAAUCUUGAGUUUAUAGAGGAUGAUGAGGAAGAUACAUUUCAACCCCAGAAGGGGAAUGUAGCAUUUGUCUGUGCAUUGGAUGGAUGGGGUUUUACAAUUAGUGAGUUUGCUGAAUUUUAUGCUACAAAGCUUGGAGCUAGUGCCGCUGCAUUGCAGAAGGCUUUUUGGGGUCCUCGGUAUUUCAAUCCAAAGACGAAGAUGAUUGUAGGGAAGAAGGGGAUAGGUACAGGGAGUAAAGCACGGCCUAUGUUUGUACAGUUUGUGCUUGAGCCAUUAUGGCAAGUUUACCAGGCUGCUUUAGAGCCAGAUGGGGAUAAAGCAGUCCUUGAGAAAGUGAUUAAAUCGUUUAAUUUGUCUAUACUACCUCGUGAGCUUCAGAACAAGGAUCCAAAAGCUGUACUUCAAUCGGUUAUGAGCCAUUGGCUUCCGUUGUCAGAUGCAAUCUUGUCAAUGGUAGUGAAGUGUGUGCCAGACCCAGUUUCUGCUCAAUCUUUUCGUAUUUCACGUUUGCUUCCAAAGAGAGAGAUUUUAGAUAAUAAUGUUGAUAAAAAUGUACUUAUGGAGGCAAAUCUUGUGAGGAAGUCAGUUGCGGCCUGUGAUUCAAGCUCUGAAGCGCCAUGUGUUGCUUUUGUUUCCAAGAUGUUUGCUGUCCCAAUAAAAAUGCUGCCUCAACGAGAUUCAAAUGGGGAGAUUUUGGAUAAUUAUUCUGAGAAAGGCGGAAAUGGUGUAUCAGAUGAGUGCUUCCUUGCAUUUGCUAGGAUCUUUAGUGGAGUUCUUUAUUCAGGGCAAAGGGUUUUUGUGCUUUCAGCUUUAUAUGAUCCAUUAAAGGGGGAAUCAGUGCAGAAGCAUAUACAAGAAGCUUUUUAUAUGAUCUAG